AUGAAUACACAAGAAGCGGAAGAUCCUAGAGCCACAGAGAGAAUACCUCUCUGUAGUAAUAAUAAUGAUAAGUUAGUUGCUGAGUGUGCCAUUUUGGAUGCAUUUCAUCAUGAGCCUACUGCUGAUGGAUUAAAGGAUAAGUGGAGAUUGAAAGUAAUAGCUUCAUAUCACUCAGUAUUCUUUAAAACAUUACUGCGUGUUGCUGCUUUUGGUCUUCUUCUUCUACCACUUGGAGAGGUGCAAAGCUCAUUCACCAAAUCCACCAAUUAUCUUAAGAAUGAAGAAGCAUCAGUAUCACCCAUUGGAUUCUGGACAUUUUGGACUAUUGAGUUAUUUCUAAUUCUUAUUUUAACUGUCGAUGUUUUCAUUAGAGGUUGGAUAUUGCUUUAUUUUUGUUGGCCUUGUUGCAGGGACAAUCAAUCUGGAACAGAAAAGAAUUUAGUUUUUAAACCAUUUCAGUACAUCACAUAUGUCAUAUAUGUAGUCACUCUUGCUUUAACAUGGACUAUCUUGUUCAUGUCAGCAGCAAACCCUCAUUUGAAUGCUCUUAUACUUGUAAGACAGAUAAUACGCCCAGUCUUUUUGAUAAUUCAAGUUACAAUGUUAAAGAAAGCUUUGUGGGCCAUGUUUCAUGCAUAUACCACUGUUGUUCUCAUUGGCCUUUUUGUGCUGUUCUUUUUGGUACCAUUAUUCUUUAUGAUCAUAGGAUUUGCUGCCUUUCCUCAUCUUUUGCAAUCCACUCAUUUUGAUAAAGAGCAUUACGUUGCUGAUCCUGAUACUGUCAAUGAAGGAAAAACAUACUUCAAUUCUUCAGCUGAAGCUUAUUGGAACUUAAUUGUUUAUAUUUCAACAGCAAAUAGUCCUGAUUUUGCAACACCUGCUUAUGAUCGUGAUCGCUUAUCAUUUCUUUUUUUUGGUAUUUAUUAUUUUUUAGAAGGUUACCUCAUUUUAAAGGUACUGACAGCAGGCUAUGCUAUUGAAUUUAAUAAUUUCAUUGAAGAAUCCAUGCAACAAACCUACGAACAUCGCACUGAAAGUUUUGAAAUAGCAUAUGAGAAAUCAAAAGAUAGCAAAGGCAAAUUGGUCUGUAGCACAAUAGAGAAAUAUGCUACCAAAUUGAGUCUUGUCAAUGAAGAUGAAUUUAAAAAUUUGGUAAAAGACUCUAACAUCUCAGAUCAGCAAAAUCUAGAUAGAGACAAAUUUGUUGAUAUUUUGUUUGACAUUGUUCACAAAACAAAAAAACCAUUCAAUGAUUUGGAAAAUGUUGAGUACAAAAUCUGCAAAUGUUGCUGCAGACAGCUAAAAGUCUUAAUUGUUUUCAUUUACAUAUUUAGUUUAGUAAUAGCUCUAGUACAGUUUAUUACACUGACCUGUUUACUCAUCAUUGACUACAAUGAUAGCUUUACAGAGCCUCAUUCACCAUUGGCAAUAGCCUCACUAGCAUUCUCCAUUUUACUGGUAGGGGAAUUUUUUCUGAGAGCAGCACUUCUUUUCAUUAAAACCUAUUUUCAUUUUAAAAAAUCGUUUGCCAACGAAACUACAUUGUGUGCCAAAGAAAUUACAUUGCGUGCCAAAUUUUUUUUUUACCUGGGCAAAGUAUCAAAAAGGGUCAUACUAUGCUACUGUAAAUGGUUUUUCUGUGGACAUUGUCUCAGAUUUAAUAAAUCUCGAUUAAUCUUCUUUAUUGAACUAUUUGAUUUACUGUUGGUUCUGGCCCUCAUUUUCUUGGGAUUUUGGCAUGCUGAUUGCUUAAAUGAAGGAACAUAUCAAGAUUGUGACACACUACCAGUUUUAAUUGAUAUGAUUCAAGCAACCAUUAUAAUUAUUGUCUUCCGCAUGAUCCGAAUGCUUGCUGAAAUACCGUUAUUUGGAAUGAUUAUAAAAUCAUUAAUAAGAGUAUUAGUUGUACUUGUUCCAUUUCUACUGCUGGGGUAUUUAUUUUAUUAUGAGUUUGCAGUUAUUGGAAUGGCCAUCUUUCGUGUAGUGAAUCUCAAUGACACUGAAGCAGCUGCAGAAUGUGAUACGUAUGAAAAGUUGAAAUAUCAGCCGUACAAUUUUGAAGAUUUUGGUUCUACACUUGUUUUACUUUGGAAUUUGAUGAUAGUCAACAAUUGGCAUGUCAUAGUUGAAGCAUAUGUUAGGAGGACAUCAAUAUACUCAAGAAUCUACUUCGUGAUUUGGUGGGUGUUCAGUGAGACAGUGCUUAAUGGUAUUCUUCUUGGUUACUUGAUAGAAACAGUGUCAGUAACUAAGACUGGUCUAGAAGAUGCUGUUAAAAUCAAUUUGUAG